CAAGUACCCGAACUAUUAGCUAUUGAAAGAAUUUUGGUCAAUGCAACUAGAAAUUUAACACCACUACUACAUAAAUAUAAUGCAAGCUUUGGUGGAACUUAUAUAGAUGUAAAAGCGAACAAAAUCAUGGUGAAACCCGCGUUAACAUUAACACGGAUUCAACCUCAACUUGAUGUUCAAAUCAGCAA